CACCACAACAACUGAUACCUUAGUGGAUGAAUGUUGUUGUCGAAUCGAUUGGCGAGUUCUGUCAUAGUUUUUGACAGUCAGGCCCGUACCAGGGUCACGAUUUGAAGAUGAAGGACAUCAUCGACGUCAUGCAAGUGCAGAGGCAGCAAAAAACGCCCAACAUCGACUACACCAAGCACAGUCGGAGCCACUACACUGCAGCCCGAUUUUUAUUCGAAUGCGGGCACAAGCUUGGUGUGAAACCAUUGACGAUGGCUACGGCAGCCGUAACAUACCACAGAUUCUUCGCAGAGGCGUCAGAUGAAUCCUAUGAUGUCUAUCUUAUUGCUGGUGCAAGCAUUUUUCUGGCCGGAAAAGCCCAUGACGAACCUCUGAAGGUGCGAGACGUUAUCAAUGUUACCUACCACACCUUGCACAAGGACAGUCCCGCCAUUGAGCUUGAUGACAACUUCUGGAGGAUGAGGGACGCUCUUGUGCAAGCAGAACUUCUAAUAAUGCGGAUGCUCAAGUUUUCCAUUCUGUGGCUGCACCCACACAAGUACAUGCUGCACUAUCUGAAAACCUUGGAAGAUUGGUUUGAUCCAGACCAGUGGAAGAAGUUGCCUCUUUCAAAGGCAUCCGCUUCGUUUUUGCAAGAUUUGCACCAUGAUCCAGCUAUAAUUACAAUGAAGCCGCAACACAUAGCAAUCGCUUGCAUUAACCUGGCUCUUCAGUGCUAUGGAGCCCAAGUGCCAUUGGUAGAAGAGGGUGACAGCAUUUUGUGGUACACGCCGUUUGCCAAAGAUUUGGAAAAGGACAAGCUGUGGUUUAUUAUGGAGAGAAUCAUGGACGUAUAUAACAAGGAGUCGGAGCUGAUCUCAUGAAAUUUCACUGAAUGCCAAGAAGUGUAGCCUAGCAAAAUAUAUUAGGAUAAUAUUACUGAACACUUGUUGCGCUAGGCUGAUUAUUUCCAUUUUAAUUCAAGCUGUGAGUGAAUAAAAAAUUUUAUAUUUGUGUGA